CGCAUGUUGUAGAUCGAAGUCCGAAGAACAUUAUGUUUCUCUCGUGAUUCUCAUUAAUACAUUCCUUUCUCUCUCUCUUCUCAAUCCUUUAUUUAUAAAUCUCCUUCUCUCUCUCUCUCUUCUUCAAUUCAUUUCUCUUCUCUUUUGAGUUUAAAUUCUCCAAUGGAUGGCGGAGGAGGUUGCAUGCGGAUCAGGUUUCCAUCGCCACGGAGAGCCGUGGCUCGGUUGUUUAACUCAAAGGAGAAGAUCAAAAGGAAGAAAAAGGCUACGGUGGAAAGCCAUGUGAGAGACUGUGACUCGAUGAGAAUCAUAAACUUCUCAGAGGAUGGUCGUCAUGGAGUUGGCCAAUCUACAGAUUCGUCUCCAAGCACGAUCGGUUCAGAAGUGAAAGGAAGGGAGUUUUUGUUCAACAUUGGAGUGACUUGUUAUCUCCUACAUCUGAUUAGCACUGGUAGAGAAGAGGUUCACAAGAUCCUCGACCUACGUAACGAUCUAGAGAAGCUUCUUGAAUGUCAAAACGACGAAAUGAGGCGAAAACAUCAAGAGUUUAUUAAGAUACGCGACAAUAUAGAGAAACUAUUAGAGUUUCACAAUGAUGAGCUGAGGCGAAAACAAGAGCAGUGUGAAACCUCAAGUGAAGUUGUAGACAGUCCAGAAUCUUCUACUACUGAUCACUAUUACUCCCCACAGUUCUUGUAUACAUCUUUGAGUGAACGUGAAGGUUCUUUGAAACAUUAUGUAUACAAGGAAGGGGAUGAGGAUUCUGGAGGAGAAAUGGAUCAGCUAGAAGCAGAACUCGAAGCUGAGUUUGAGCUUCUUCAGAUUGGUCAGGACCACGAGGAUAACUAUUCUAAACAGUUGGUUUCAGAGAAGGGUGAAGAUUCAGAAGAAAUGAGGUUCAGGUACAUGUCCUCAGGACCAGUACUGGAGGAACAACAAGGAGUGUGUCCUUAUGAGUUGGAGAGAAGGCUACACGAGCUCAUGGAGAUAAGACAAGAAGAGGAGAUAAAUGAGCUGCAGAGUGCGUUGGAAGACGCUAAGAAAAGGCUUCAUGUGAAGGAGGCUGAAGCUUCUUGGUGGAAAGACACUGCUUAUAUAGUCUCUGACCAUAUUCCAAAACCUUCUAGAAUCACCUCCAACUCUCAAACUCGUUGUUACCCUCUCUCUAGGUAAGAAACUCGGUGUUCAAAGUUAUGAGUGUAUGUAAUCUUGUGAAAAAGCUGAA